AUGUCUUAUUAACAGAAGGGGUUGAAUGCAAUAAGAUUGUCCCAGAUCAAUUAAACUAUUUUAAGGGCUCGAAAGAGUUAAGAAUACCCUCCUGAGUGGAGUUAGGAUCAUUAAUCAAGGAAUAAUUCACUCAAAUAGCAUAGAGCUAUCACUCAACAUAAUUCAAUACUCAUAAUGGAAGAGGAGUUUUAAAAAAUGAGAAGGCCAUAAACUUCACAAGGAAGUAGAAGGAAAAAAAUGACUGAACAUCAAGUUAAACAAGGGAUUCAAAACUCUAACACCAAAUUUGAGAUUUUAGAAUGCGAGAAUGAGGAUGAUAAAGAUGAAUAAAAGUUGUAAUUCAACUAUCUUAUAACAUGUAAUCCGAGCAACACAACACGCAGCAAUUAGAACAUGGUUCAAUUUUAAACAACACUUGAUUAAGAUUUUCUAAGUUUGUUCGCUAUUGAUUGA